CUCGGUGUGCGCUCUGCCUCUUGACGCGUCUGUGGUACGGGGUAGAGAGAGAAGGAAGGCGCUGGAACUACAGUACUCGCUUGGAGGCAUUCCUUUUGGACAUAUUAUAUCAUCUCCCGGCGAGGAUAUUUAAUCCGGUCUGAAAUCUACACAACAUGGAGUUUCGAAAGUCCUCAUCUUAUACUGUCAGCAUCGUCUUGUUCAUUUUCUUCAGUUCGUCACGUGCAGCUAGUCAUUACAGUUGUGACGGCCCAUUGUUGUCCGCGCUGCCUCUGGCCUCUUUCGAGAGCUCAUCGCAUGCAUUUGACAGUCAAGCUCCACACUUUGCCAAACUCACUAGAAGAGAUGGAGGAGGUGGGUGGAGCCCUAAGUUGACUGACAGGUACCCGUGGCUGCAGGUGGACCUGCGGGACAGGAUGGAGGUGACGGCGGUGGCCACUCAGGGCCGACACGGCAGCGCCGACUGGGUCAGCGGCUACAUGCUCCUGUUCAGUGACACGGGCCGAGUCUGGAAGCAGUACAGGCAGGAGGACAAUGUAGGGAGGUUUGUGGGUAAUGUGGAUGCAGACGGCGUGGUCCACCACAAGCUCCCCCACCCUAUCAGGACCCGCUUCCUGCGCUUCAUUCCACUAGAGUGGAACUCCAGCGGCUGGGUGGGGCUCCGAGCCGAGGUCUACGGCUGCACCUACAAGUCCUACGUGGCAGACUUUGACGGCAGAAGCUCCCUUCUCUACCGGUUCAACCAGAAGUCCAUGAGCACGGCCAAAGAUGUGAUCUCGCUGCGCUUCAAGAGCCGGCAGGCGGAGGGGGUGCUCCUGCACGGGGAGGGCCAGAGGGGAGACUACAUCACCCUGGAGCUGCACCGUGGGAAGCUGGCCCUGCACCUCAACCUGGAUGACAUCAGGGUCAGGACCAGUGGAGCCCGUGAGGCGGUCACUCUCGGCAGCUUGCUGGAUGAUCAGCACUGGCACUCGGUGCUCAUCGAACGCUUCAACAAACAAGUGAACUUCACACUGGAUCGGCACACGCAGCACUUCCGCACCAGAGGAGGCGGCGACACGCUAGAAGUGGAUUACGAGCUGAGCUUCGGAGGAAUACCACUGCCUGGAAAACCCGGAACAUUCCUGAGAAGAAACUUCCAUGGCUGCAUGGAGAACCUGUACUACAACGGAGUUAACAUAAUCGAUCUGGCCAAGAGACGCAAGCCACAGAUGUACAGUGUGGGCAACGUGACCUUCUCCUGCUCGGGGCCCCAGCUGGUGGCCGCCACCUUCCUGAGCUCCAGCAGCAGCUUCCUGUCCCUGCCGGCGCCGCCGCCCACCCUGGAGGGCUUCUCCGUGCGCCUCCAGUUCCGCACCUGGAAUGCCGACGGCCUGCUGCUGUCCGGCCGCCUCGCCCAGGAGCCCCAGCGCCUGGUGCUGCAGAUCAGCAGCGGACGGCUGCACCUCACCCACCAGACAACCGCGCUCAAGACCUCCGAGGUCUCCACCGGUCAGAGAGUGAAUGACGGGCUCUGGCACUCGGUGAGCCUCAGCACCCGGGGCAUGCAGAUCACCAUGACGCUGGACAACGAGCCCUCCUCCACCAUCCAGCUCCAGGACCAGCUGGAGUCGGGCAGUGGUUUCUUCUUCGGAGGGUGUCCUCUAUCUCAGGAUGAUGGAGACUGCACCAACCCCACAAUGGCCUUUCAGGGAUGCAUGCGUCUCAUCCUCAUCAAUAACCAACCGAUCGACUUUAUCCUCGUGCAGAGAGGCAGACUUGGAACUUAUCACCAGCUCCAGUUUGACAUCUGUGGCAUCCGUGACAGAUGUCUCCCCAACUUCUGCGAGCACGGAGGUCGAUGCUCCCAGUCCUGGAGCUCCUUCCAGUGCGACUGCACUGGGACAGGCUACAGCGGAGCCACCUGCCAUAACUCAAUCUAUGAGGCGUCAUGUGAAGCAUACAGACUAAUAGGCAGCUCUUCGGGCUACUUCUCCAUCGAUCCAGAUGGGAGUGGUCCUCUGGGGCCCAUGCAGGUCUACUGUAAUAUGACAGAGCAAAAAGUGUGGACAGUGGUUCUUCACAACACCACGAAUGCCGUGAAGGUUCAGGGCUCCACCCCUGAGAGGCCCCAUGUCAUGCAGAUCAACUACAGUGCCUCACCUGACCAGCUGCAUGCUCUGGUGGCCAGCUCAGACCAGUGUCAACAGGAAGUGGUGUACCAGUGCAGGAAGUCCCGCCUUUUCAACACUUGGGAUGGGACGCCUCUGUCCUGGUGGCUGGACCGGAGUGGGGAGAAGCGUACCUACUGGGGAGGCUACCUGCCGGGAGUGCAGCAGUGCUCCUGCAGUCUGGAGGAGAACUGCAUGGACAUGAACUACUUCUGCAACUGCGAUGCCGACAAAGACACAUGGGUGAAUGACACUGGCAUCCUUUCAUAUAAAGACCACUUACCCGUGAGAGAGAUCACUAUAGGAGACACUCACAGGCCCGGGUCUGAAGCCGUCUACAACAUCGGACCUCUGCGCUGUUAUGGUGACAGAUCGCUGUGGAAUGCGGCGUCCUUCUACCAGGAGUCCUCUUACCUGCACUUCCCCACCCUGCAGUCCACACUAAGCGUUGACAUCUCCUUCUACUUCAAGACUGGUGCUCCCUCGGGAGUCUUCCUGGAAAACCUGGGACUCAAGGACUUCAUACGGGUUGAGCUCAGCUCUCCCUCCACAGUGACCUUCUCCUUUGACGUGGGCGACGGGCCGGUGAUCCUGGCCGUAAAGUCUCCGGUGUCCUUGAACGACCGGCAGUGGCACUGGGUCCAGGCGGAGCGCAGCGUGAAGGAGGCCUCGCUGCAGGUGGACCAGCUGCCCCUGCGCUUCCUGGAAACGCCUGCCGACGGACACCUCCACCUCAAGCUCAACAGCCAGCUGUUUGUGGGGGGGUCGGCAUCCAGACAGCAGGGCUUCCUGGGCUGCGUGAGGGCUCUGCGAGUGAAUGGUGCCCACCUGGACCUGGACGAGAGGGCCAAGCUGACCCCGGGCGUGAGCUCCGGCUGCCCCGGGCACUGCAGCAACUCGGCCAGCCUCUGCCACAACCGCGGCCGCUGCAUCGAGCAGAGCAGCGGCUACGUGUGCGACUGCACCCACUCUGCCUACACCGGCCCCUCCUGCAAGGACGAGGUAUCCGUUUCGUUCGAGAGAGGCUCCUCGGUCACCUACGCGUUUCGCGACUCUUUCCUGGUGAUGCGCGACAGCAGCUCGCAGGCCUCCUCGUCCUCCUCCACGGAGUCCAGGGAGAGCGUGGCCUUCAGUUUGGUCACCACACAGAGUCCUGCCAUGCUGCUCACCAUCAGCACCUUCAGCCAGCAGUAUGUGGCCAUCAUACUGGCUCGCAAUGGGAGUUUACAGAUUUGGUACCAGCUCCACGAGGAGGGGAAACCUGACGUGCUCACCCCCACCCCCUCCAACCUGGCAGACGGGCGGCUCCACCGGGUCCGAAUCCACAGAGAAGCAAAGGAUGUGUAUGUGCAGGUGGACCAGGAGAGUAAAAAAUACACCUUGUCGUCUGACAUGGAGCUGAACUCUGUGAGAUCACUGACGUUAGGCAAAGUCACUGGAACCGACGCCCUGGACGAGAAGGUGGGGGCGGCUGGCUCCAGAGGCUUCGUGGGCUGCUUCUCAUCGGUGCAGUACAACCACGUGGCUCCGCUGAAAGUGGCGCUGCUGAACCCCGCCAGCUCUCUGGUGACCGUCCGGGGGAACCUGGUGGAGUCCAACUGUGGGGCGCUGUCCGUGUCAACAUCCAACUCGCUCUCAGACCAUGUCGAGGAGCCGGACAGAGCUAAUGAGCAGGACGGUGGCGUGACCCAACAUGACUCAGCAGUAAUCGGAGGCGUGGUGACGGCGGUGGUCUUCAGCAGCCUGUGCGUGCUGGCAGCGAUAACCCGCUUCCUGUACCAGCACCGGCAGGCCCAGCGCACGGCCAGCCUCCAAGAGAAGGAGACCCAGCGCAGGCUGGAGGCGGCCUACCACGCCGAGCUCCACAUGCACAGCUCCACCCUCCACAUGCGAGACAGCCUGAGGGAAUAUUACAUCUGACAAGACUCCUCCGUCCGACAAGCUUCUAGCCAUGGAUCGCCCCUGUCCCUGUAAUAGCUGCCUGUCUACAUGGAUGGAGGUCCACAGCCUUCUGUUCCAUGUUGGACUUCUGAAAAUGUGGGGGGGGGGGGGGGGAAUAAAAACAGUUUCCAGUGUAGGUAGUAGUUACUAGUUGCACAGUGACUCGGAUGUGUUGUCCCGAUAAGUGUGAGAGAUGGGACGGAGGUGUUAGGAGUGAGGGGAAGUAGACGUAGCGUCUCGUGAUAAAUUGAUUCUCACUGGUCGAGAGGGGACCCUGGUUGAGUCAUGAAUUAAGGCAGUAUUAGGAAGGGAGCUCCAGCACCCCAUGGAAACCGGCAUCCUUUUUUUGUCAUUGUAGGUCACCAGGGAAGGGCGGGGGAAGGACAAAGACGUGUGCUCAAAAAGGGAAGAGAAAAAAAAACUGAGUUAGAUUUUGGAAGUGGAAAGAGUGACACAGUAUUCACUGAGGGUCACAAUAUAUUAUAGAGUGAUGUGCUUGAUGCUAAUUGGAGGGGAAUUGAUUGUGUCCAAACCUUUAAUUAUAGCUAAUCUUGUCAAAUUAUGGCAUCAUGGCAGAGUGGUCAUACUGGUAAACAUGGCCAUGCAUGGUGUGCAUGAGAGGAUAUUUAUGUCAUGUUUUGUUUUGUUUUGUUUUACUCCCCUGCUAAUUCAUUUUUCUACCAGGAAGCUAUUUCUGGGAGAUAGCCCUGCUGUGGCUUUCACCUCUGCAACCCCCUCCACAGGCACGAGUUUGAAUGGUCUCUGCACUAUGGGAGCUUAGCAUUCAGAUACUAAAGCUCCCCUCUUCGUGAUUGUACUGAAUGUGGUCAAGUCAUGGAGAAGCUCUGUGCCGCUGUGGAGGUCACAUCGAGGGAGAGAGGAAAAAUACAUCUUAUUUUACAAUCUACUGUGACAGAAACUCUUCUGUCUCCUAGGUGAUCUGGAGAUUAUUAUGGUCUGCCUCUGUCACCUCAGUGUGAGGCUGCGGGGCUCAAGUGGACUGUGUAAUGUUAGGUAGGGUGUGGAGAAACCACCACUGUCCGUUUCAGAUGUCUAAAAUGAAUCAUUUCACAUUGAUUCCAUUUGGUACUGUUUUAUGCUAAAAUAAGUUGUACGAAUGGUAGUUAUUUAUGGGCAAAAAUGCCAUUGUGAAGAAAGUAAAUAUCCGAUAAUGGCUUCAUUCAAUGAGGAAAUGAAAAGGCUAACAUUUCAGAAUGCUUCUCCUUGUGCAAAAUCAUGACUGCUGUACAUCAUUUGGCUCAGAUGGUUCGUCAGUUUAAUUGCUAUUUUGAUUGCUUUUUAAUUUAUACUAUGUUGUUUCAAAGUCAUCUGAUUUAUUUAGUGACAAACAUGUCAUAUAGGAAGUCGAUUUACUUUGGGAAACAAUCAAAGCUGCUUUAAGAAACCAUGUCUAUAUGUAACAAAUUCUGGUUUUAGGUCAGUCAAUUCUCAGGGAGAUAUAGUCAAUGAAUCAGUGACUAUUAUCUGAAAAUAUCUGUCUAGAAUUUGAGAUAAUGUGGAGUGAUAAAGUAGUUAUUGACAACAAUGGAUUCCUAUAUUAUUCCCUGAUUAUGUUUCUCCCUUGCUUUUUACUCUUGUGUAUUUCUAUGCUAUGGUGAUCAUGCUUUUAUUUACCCGAGUGUUGGCCUUUCAAAGGAUCUUUAGCUGACCUGAGAUGCCAGUAGAAUGAGAAGUACCCUCUACCCGCUGGACUCCACCCUCUCUCCUUUGCCAGUCUUUAUUGCCACACGAGCAGCAAUCCGACCAAUCAGAGACUGACUAUGAAACAUUAGCAACACUAGACCAACACAGGAAAUGCAAUAUAUAAACAACCAUACAAAGAAGUCUGGCUAAAUUAUUGAUCAUUUUCCUUUUAAUUGAAGUGUCCUUUUCACAAAAUAUAUUAAUCUGAGACUAUUUUCUACUUCUAUGGUUAUUUUGGGGGGGCUGUUUUGUAUAAAUAUUAUGUACAGGUAUAUGUAUGUUUAAUAAACUCACCUUUUUAUAUA